CAGCUGUCAGAGGGGGAAAGAGACGUGUCUCAACUGGUCAGGACUCAGGAGGGAGAUACACACGGCACCCAGCGAGCAGUUCACAGGAGCAGCAGAGGGGCACUGGUCAGAAAUACAUAGUCUGGUUCGCACUCUCCCCUCUCAGUCUGUACGCUCAGGCACAUGGAGGUGACUACAGCGUUGGAUCUCCCUCUCUCUCAUUUGGACGGAGCUGUUCUCUGAAGAGUGUGCCAGUGGAUUUUUACGGGUUUUGCUGUGAAAGGAGAGACCGGGAGAGAAGGACAGUGAAACCGUGUCCGGCCGAAUAGCUGUUUUUCAGAGGCCAGCGCGGCGUCCCGCUCAUGGAGGAGCUGGGCGUGUCGGGGGGCACCAGCCCUCGCCACGGCCGCGGGCCGCCCAGCACGCUCCGCUGCGGCUGGCUGAGGAAGCAGGGCGGCUUCGUCAAGACCUGGCACACGCGCUGGUUCGUGCUCCGCGGGGACCAGCUCCACUACUACAAAGACGAGGAGGAGACAAAAGCCCUGGGGACCAUUUAUCUCCCUGGCAACAGAGUCGCAGAACAUCCAAGCAAUGGGGACGAGGCUGGCAAGUUCCUGUUCGAGGUCAUUCCAGGGGGCGACAGGGAGCGGAUGACAGCCAACCAUGAGACAUAUCUCCUUAUGGCCAGCACCCAGAAUGACAUGGAGGAUUGGGUGAAGUCCAUCCGCAGGGUCAUCUGGGCGCCCUUCGGGGGAGGGAUCUUUGGCCAGAAGCUGGAGGAGACGGUGAAGUAUGAGAAGCGCUACGGGAACAAGAUGGCCCCCAUGCUGGUGGAGCAGUGUGUGGACUUCAUCCGGCAGUGGGGCCUGCAGGAGGAGGGUCUCUUCCGCCUGCCCGGACAGGCCAACCUGGUCAAGGAGCUGCAGGACGCCUUCGACUGCGGAGAGAAGCCCUCGUUCGAUUGUAACACAGAUGUGCACACGGUGGCGUCCCUGCUGAAGCUGUACCUGAGGGAGCUGCCCGAGCCCGUCAUCCCUUUCGCCAAAUACGAGGAGUUCCUGGCCUGCACCAAGCUCUUCAGCAAAGACCAGGACACUGGAAUGAAGGAACUCAAAAAACAAGUUGAAAGUCUACCUCCUGUGAAUUACAACCUGCUGAAGUACAUAUGCAGGUUUCUAGAUGAAGUGCAGUCCUACUCUGGAGUAAACAAAAUGAGCGUGCAAAACCUGGCAACUGUCUUUGGGCCAAAUAUUUUACGGCCAAAGAUUGAGGACCCUGUGGCAAUAAUGGAAGGUACGGUGCUGGUGCAGCAGCUGAUGGCGGUGCUGAUCGGGCGGCAGGACGGGCUGUUCCCGCGGGAGGAGGAGGACGGCCCCACGGCGCUGGAGCUGCUCAACAACAACAACAACGAGGCGCGUCGGCCCACCGCCGGCCAGCUGCUCAACAAGGAGCACAACAACAACAACAGCAGCAGCCCGUCCUCCUCCUCGUCUGCGCCCGUGCGCCAGUGCGCCUGGGACGCGCCCGACUCCCCGCAGCGCUCGCCGCUGGACAACGGCUCGCCGCGCUCGGCCAGCCCCCGCAACGGCCUCCUCGCCGCGUCCACCGCCGGCGGCGGCUUCGAGCUGACCCGCAGCCCACCGCCCGGCCUGAAGAAGAACCCGGCGUUCAGCAAGGGCAGCGGCAUCGUCACCAACGGCUCCUUCAGCUCGUCCUCGUCCUCCUCGGCCGAGACGGCGGGUCAGGACAAGGGUCAGGCCCUGCUGCCCAGUGGCAGCUCCGCCCUGCAGCAGAGGCGCGCGGGUGCCCUCAAGACCAGCGGCACCAAGAUGGGCACCAGCGGCGGAGGAGGAGGAGGGGGGGGCGUGCGCAUGGGCGUGUCCAGCAGCGACGUGGUCAACGGGACGCUGAACGGCCGGGGCGGGCUGUGGCUGCCCAACGUGACGCUGCGCGAGGGCAAGGCCGGCCGAGGCGGCGGGGAGAGUGACCAGAGCGUCCAGCAGAACCGCCUGUCCACCUACGACAACGUGCAGCUGCUGCAGAUGCAGACGCCGCAGACGCAGACGCACGGCCAGUCGCACGGUCAGUCGCACGGUCAGUCGCACGGCCCGGCGCACACGUCCUCGUGCCUGAGCAGCAGCUGCGAGGACAAGCAGAGCGUGGACAGCGCCACCUGGUCCACCUCGUCCUGCGAGAUCUCGCUGCCGGACAACUCCACGUCCUGCCGCUCCUCCACCACCACCUGCCCCGAGCAGGACUUCUACGGCGCCCACUUCGAGGACGCCAUGCUGGACGGGCCCUCGCAGGAGGAGGGCGGCGGUGGCGGCGGCGGUGGCGAGCGUGCCAACGGGAGCGCGGGCAGCGGGAACGGGCGCGGCAGCCGUGGCACCAGCAGCAGCGACAACAGCGAGACGUUCAUGCCCAGCAACGGGCCCAGCACCCACAGCAGCAACCACAGCGCCCUGCACAGCCUGGUGGCCAGCCUCAAGCAGGAGAUGCUCAAGCAGAAGAGCGAGUACGAGGCGCGCAUAAAGAGUCUGGAGCAGCGUAACCUGGAGCUGGAGACGGAGAUGGUGAGCCUGCACGAGGAGCUGGACCAGGAGAGGAAGAAGUACACCAUGGUGGAGAUCAAGCUGCGCAACGCCGAGCGCGCCAAGGACGACGCCGAGAAGAGGAACCAGAUGCUGCAGAAGGAGAUGGAGCAGUUCUUCUCCACCUUCGGGGACCUCACGGCCGACCCACGCCGACCGGACCGCGCCAACACCAUCUGGAUCCAGUAGAGGGGGCGGGGGGAGAGACAGUUGGACUGUACCAUCUGGACCCAAGACGAUGGUGAUCCAGUAGUUUUUCAGAAGACUAAAAGCAGAAGGACAGUGCCAUAUUGGCUCCAGUGGGACAGAGGUGCACAGACUGUUGCACUGUGGGAUACGUGUCGUCAGGAGGCAGUGUGGUGAGCUGCCUGCCUGUGGUAGACUGAGCCUUAUGCUAGAGAGAGAGAGAGAGAGAGAGAGACUCCAAAGGAACUUUCCUCCACAUAUAUCUUUGUGAUCCAAUCAAACAUGUACGCCACAUCUUGUUUCUUGUCACGUGUUGUCCUGUACCUGCCUGUGUAUAUAGAGCAAAGCAAAUGUUUCCGAAUGUCCAGAAGAAAUAUGUAUGUAAAAAAGAAUUAAACUAAAGUAAUAUUUUAAUGUAUGUCUGGUAUUUAAACUGAGAAUUUAUGUUGCAUUUCAAUUUUAUAUCAAGGCUUUUCCUUGCACUUAUGUUUUUAUUUUCAUUGUGGUACUGACAAGAGCUCGUUGCUGGUUCUGUUUGUUUUUAUUUUCCUCGUGGCGUAUUGAUGGAAAUCGGUAACCUGAGGCGAUAACUCUGUGUGCCACUGAGCCCACCUUAUGACCAAAAACAGAAGAGAGAAAACCUGUAAAUAUUUUAUAAAUCACUUCAUUUUGUUGUCUAUGCUGACAGGUUUUCAGUCGCUCCGAGGAAUACGUUGCUUUAUUUCGUUUGUUUGUUUAUUUGUUUGUUCUCUGACAGUAAAGGUUUGGCUCAAGUGCGUGUGUGUUAGAGGUAAUGAUGAAAGCCUGUGAAGGUAAGAGCUGACUCGUCGUAGUUUUACUGGAACAUCAAAAGCUGUUGUUGUCAGUGUCAAAGAAACAUGUACAUGUAUUCGGGGAGCCAUUGUUGCUUUCUAGGGAUGUUUUUAAUUCCUCAACCCAAAAGUUGAAGUCUGCUGUAGUGAAGUGCAUUCACAUGCAAUGAAAAUUAAAUUCUGUGAACAAUCC